AUGCCAAGCAAUGGCAUUACAGACACGGAAUCUCAGACAGAGACUUUUGCCGAAGAUGCGGAAUGCCAAGCCUCCCCAAUCGAACAAUGCGAUCAAUCAACGCAGGUCGAGCCGAGAAUGCAAAUGAGCCGGGAGGUGCAAACGGAUAAGAAACUUAGAACGAUCGCAGACGCAACCCACCACGAGGCAACACCCUAUACAGACAACCGACAUCCAAAUUCAGCAGGACGAACCAACGACAAGCAGAGACGGCAAGCGCCGCCUAGGCAAAAACCAACUUACCCACCUUGA